AUGGAUCAAUUAAAAAUUGCACAAACUAAACCUACUUUUACCGUAUACCCUAAUAAUACACAAAAAAAAUUUACACAGUAUGAUGAUCUCUCAACUUCAUCCGAACAAGUUUAUUCUCCUGAUUAUUCAUUUGUUGAACAGACAAAUAAUUCUGUUAUUUCAUCAUUUGCUUCGAAAAACAUUCUGUCAAGUGAUGAUUUAAUUAUUUCAUCAUCAUCUCAAAGUACUAAAAAAAAAAAUAAACGACCAUUGAUCGAAAAUAAUUUCUCUAACUAUCGUAAAAAUAAAGAGAGAUUUUAUGUAAAUGCUGCUUUGCAUAUAGGUGGUAAAACAAGUGCACUAGUUCAUGGGAAAAUACAAAGCCUUGUUAGAAAAUAUACUGAAGAAAAAAAAGAAGAAACAGGAAAAAGAACUUCUAAAUGGCCUUACUUUUAUUUAAUGAAUGAAAUUUUUGGAAACCGUGAAAAUGUUCAACCUGAAUCUUUAAUUGAUAGUACUGGAAAGCAUUAUGUUAAUAACGAUGAGAGUUUUGUUCAACACAAAAAAAAGGCAAAAUUAAAUGAUAAUGAAUUAGCUUAUAUAGAAUCUAUAGCGGCUAUUAGUGAAAGUAGAAAAAAAUGGAAUGAGGACCGUGCUAAAAUUGAGCAAUUAGAAAAGAUUAAAGAAAAUGGAAAAAUCGAAUUAGAAAAAUUUAAAUAUGAGUUAGAAGUAAAGACAAGUCAUGAGCUAAAGAUGAAAGAAAUAGAAUUAAAAUUAAAAGAAAUGGAAUUAAAAGAAAUAGAAUUAAAAGAAAUAGAAUUAAAAGAAAUGGAAUUAAAAAAUAAGAAUAGUAAAAAAUAA